AUGGACUUGUUAUCGUUAGGGUCCAAAGCGAGGAAAACUGGGAUAGAACCACCUAGGAAUGCUGCUAAAGAUGAACAUGACAUGGAAAGUAUUAAUGAAUACUUCAAGUCGGACGACGAGGAGGAAAUAUCGGGGGUGGGAGCUGGUGAAGGGAGGAUGAGGGCCGCUGGGCGCCGCCAACCUGAGUCUCUAAGGGGCAGAACUGGUAAAAGGGUGAUCUCUGGCGGUAAUACUGAACUUCGGAAUGUGGCGAGAAAAAUUAACUUUAGUGAAGCUGAAGCGGAAUCAUUUAAGCUCUCGCCAAUUGCAUUGGGUUCUAAACAACAACAAAAGAAGGAUAAACAUAAGAAAUCUCCUUUAAGGUCACCUUUACAAGAAAAUCAAGUUUCCAGACAACAAGAACAAAUAGAUGAGGGUUUUGGUCAACUAGAUGACUUUAAUAAUGACGAUUACGAUGAUUUUAAUGAAGUCCAUGAUGAUAGUUUAUCUCCAAUCCCAUUAGAAUCCAUCCAAGAAGAUUUACCUCCAUUAUCUCCUCCGAGUGAUAAGGCUGAACAGAAAUCAGCUAAUUCUUUAACUAAACGAAUGGCUCUUGGUAAAACUUCUAAUCGUAAAACUCAAAAAACUAAACAACCCGGUAAUUUAAUUUCUCCUCCUCAAGAUCAAUCUUCUUUGAUUAAGAAAUCAAGAAGACCUUCUAUCAAACCAAAGGAAACCAUAACAAAACCUUCUCCUCUACCUUCUCCUCCUCCUGAUGGACUACGUAGAUCGAAAAGAACUAGAAUAGCCCCUUUGGCUUAUUGGAGAAAUGAAAGAAUUGUUUAUUCAAGAGCUGAUGAAAAAAAUAAUGAUCCAGAUUCAACCCUAAUUAAAGAUAUUAGAAAAGUCCCCUUACAAGAAAUUGAAAGCGUGGUCCAUAUCCCUGAUUCUAAUACCCAAUCUAAUAUACCAAACAAGAAAAGAUCAAGACAAAGAUCAAGAAGUACUCCUCCAAAACUGAAACGGUCUUCCUCAAAUAAAUCUAAUGAUGAAUACGACUAUGAAUCUGAUCCUGAAAUUGAUGGUUCUCAAUGGUUUAAAAAUAAAAUUAAAAAAAUUAAUAUAAGAUCUCAACCUAGAAAAAUUGCUUUUACCCCUGAUGCUGGUGACUUUGAAUCUCCUCCUAAUCGAGAUGGUGAAGUUGUUCAAGAUAAUUAUAAAGUGGCCACCUUAUUUGAUUCUUAUAGAGAAAGUAUAGCGGGUGGAUUACUUGAAUUCCCAAUUGAAGGUUUUAAAGGUUUAAGAAAUUCAAGUAGUUCCACUUUACUAUGUCAUGUUGUAAAAGGUUUAAUUGAAGUUUCCAUUAACGAAGAAGUAUUCUUAGUUACAAGAGGUUGUUCGUUUGAAAUACCAAGUGAUAUCAAUUAUAGCUUGAAAAAUAGAGGUCGAAUCCCCGCUAAAAUCUUUUUCAUUCAAACAAACCUUAACGACGAACUUUUCUAUGACGAACUUUAA